AUGCCUGCUGGUUCGGAACCUCCGAUGAUUGAGGCUCACAGACGGCCAAAAGAGAAAAUUCGCGACCAGAAUAGCCUACAGCUUACGCCUUACCCAAGACAUCGGUCGCGUGGAAGAAAGCGGGAGUCAAUCUUAAGGCACAAUCGCUUGAUAUCGGCUUUGUUGGUGGGUUACCAUAGCGAAGAUGGCAACCGGAAGACAGCAUCCAACUCAGAUAGGGAUCCGCCUUUCCCCGACAAUCUGCCCCUGAAGGUCGUCUGCGACUCCAGUGGCAUCCUCUCCCUGGUUGCCAAUGUUUACAAUAAGGAAGGGGCAGAGUUCCUAGCCAAGGACACACGGGGCAGCGCGCACCAGACACGAACGGCAAUCCAAGAGAAUGGCCGUCUAUAUCAGGGACAAGGAACAGGGAGCUACAUGCUACCAUGCGAUGAAAUUGAGAAGGACCGUCUGGAUUUCAUCCAUACCAUGGUGCUGAAAGCGCUGCGCUCCGACCGGCUGAUGCACGUCCCCCAUCGCGAAAAUGGUCGCUUCUUAGAUCUUGGGUGUGGGACCGGCCUCUGGACGAUUGAACUGGCGAAGGCAUAUCCAAGGGCCUAUGUUCUGGGGGUCGACUUGUCUGCACUCCAACCAGAAUCUCCUCCGCCGAAUUGCCACUUCAGGGUCCCUUUCGACUAUGAGUGUCCUUGGUUACUUGGAGAAGGAAAAUGGGAUGUUAUCCAUAUGCGAAUGGGAUAUGGCAGCGUCACCAAUUGGCCAAGUCUUUACAAGAGGAUAUACGACCAUCUAAACUGCGGUGCUUGGUUUGAACAGCUCGAGGUAAUUUUUGAGCCUCGUUGCUGCGGUCGACCUCUGGGAUUCGGCCCGCUCCAGUUUUGA